CCUCUUAAUAAUCAUCUUGGCGGGUCUCAACAUCGAACACUGAUAUAGAGGCCUCUUCAGUGCAUGAUGUCGGUCUUGCAAACCCCACGUUCACGCACGCUCGGCACCAACUAUGGCCGACGACAUCGAAGUCCUUGUACACAUCUCAGCAUCUACUACACGACAGAACGAUGAGCAAUUCCGAGCUCUUGCCGAUGCAUAUAACAACUUUAAACCACGUAGGAUUCAUCGCGAUAAAUCUGCCAGAAAACGAGUGAAAAAGAGCCACGUAGCAGGAUUCCGUGAUCAACCCCCUUCCACUACAGCUCAGAGGACCCCGACUUCAGAGGCUCCCGAAGCACCCGUGCCGACGGGCAGCAAAGAAUCAUACGGCAGCUUCCCGUCCGACCUGUCCUCUGGUGGGCAUCAUCAGGACCAUGGCUCAGUCCCGGACGAUUCAAUGCGCCCACUCAGCCGCUUGGCUCAACUCGAUCGGAGCUAUCUAAGUUGGCGCGCACGUGCAUCGCCCAGAACCAGUUCCAAGCACGAUCAAGGGGAGGUGCAGAUCAGUUCGGAUGGCCUCGAAGAUGCCGACACGGGAUUUAUCGAGGAUUCGCAAUCAGCGUUGCUGGCUGUUCAGAGUCAAUUGCCGGAUACCUUUUCGGCGAUUUCUUCCGACACAUCUGAUGAUGAGUAUCAAGACGAGCCUGAACGACCUUCGCGCAAGUAUAGUCCAGUCGGGAGUCCACCCUGUAGGAUAGCUACAGAAGUGACACUGCCGGCUUUGCUGGAGGACCAGGUACAGGCUGAAUUAGGAGCAAGCCCGUUAAAAGAAAUCGUGGAUGUGUCCGUAAGCACCGGCGACGCUUCUGAAAGUUGCGUUGAUGCCAGUCUCAAUCAAUCGGACUUUUCCGAUCUUCCAAUCGAUGCGUUUCCGCCUCCACCAGCCAUAUCAGUAGCGAGUCAUGCAGCUCUGCCUUCACAGAUAACAAAACACCUCGCGGCCAUCAAGGCCAAGAACCCCAGUCGCUUCAAACCAAAACGGAAACGGAGAACCUUGGAAACCGACGAACGUGGGUAUUGGCGUAUUGACUGCACAAAAUGGCCUCCGAGGAUCCAGCAAGACUUCUGGUCGUCGCUUCAUGAACACGUGUGCAGCGGGCGGAUAGGGUGGGGUGCAACUUUGCAUCGGGAAAGUAGCUCCAUACAUACAUUAGGGCUUGUGAGGCUAUAUUGUUGGGGCGAGCUCAUAGAACACAUGUGGUUACUUAUGUGGAUUUGCUCGAAGGGAAAGGUGUCCGACUUUGGAUCGAAUUGGAUUGAUGCAGACGGCGUUGUGGUAGUUGAGAUGAGUGGUGACAAGAAAGGAAUAUAAUUCAAUAUACAGUUUAUAUAGCUUGUAGUAUCUAUCAUUAUGCC